UGCUCUGUAGAUAGAAAGAUAGAGCCAUAAAGUACAAGAAUUUGCAAGGCAGAGGUCAGUUGUUAAAAGGGAGUAGUCCAAGGAACAGCAUAAGGAAUCUUAUAGUUGUGAUGUGCAAUGGGAAAGAGGCUCUGAAUGUCACAGAAAGAUCCUUUCACACAUCACUAAAAGAAAAAUCUAAUGGACUUCAGCAGAAGCAUGAAUGGAAUGCUGACAUUACAAGGUGUCUGUCUGGGCGGAGAAGCAAUCUUCAGCAUUAACCGUUACCUACUAUCUUGAGAACUCAAACAAGACCUUUUGACUUGACCUCAGUACAGCCGGGUGGGUGACAGAGAGAGAGAGAUAGAAAGUCUGAGAGAGAACAGAUAAGAUUUAGUGAGAUAACACGUAUAGCUAAGGAAGAGAGCAAAAGAGAGAAAGAGGGAGAGAGAGAGGGUGAGAUUUAGAGGUGGAGUUUGUACACUUCCUCAGUGUAGAGCCUGCCUUCUUUUUAACAUGCAUACGACAGGGACACGCACACACACACACACACACACACACACACACACACACUGUCCUACCGUGGCUUAUCGAAGGAGCAUGAGUGUCUUUUUGAGUACUUUAGAGGAACUCCUCAGUGCCUCACUGAACCUACAGGCAUUCCCAUGAGGGACGAACUCACAGGCGGGAGCCAGCAGGACAGAGACAUAUCGACUGCUGAGCUCGAUGCCUUAUGGAACGAGCCCCCAUACACAUUAACAGGAGCCAAUGAGCUAUUUCCAGGAAAUGAUGUCAUGGCCACUGGAGAGGAGGAAGUGGAGACAGAGGCUGAGGUGGAGGGAGAGGGCAUCACUGGCGAGAGUUACUGGAAAAGGAAGGAAGCCUUUAAUAGGGCCAGCACUGUCUCCUUAGCUGUGGGAGAGCGCUUCUCUUCAGAUGUGAUACUGCUGUUCAGUGGGAGGAGGCGGUCCAGUGCAGAGCCUGACAGUCAGCUGCAGGAGGCGCUGCGCACCAGACUGAGGGUCGUCGAGAGCAACAGCCAAGAUGUUAUUCAGCUAUUUAAGGAUCUGUCUGCACGCCUGGUUUCAGUGCAUGCCGAAAAAGACCGUUUCGUUAUCACCUUUAAGACUGUGGAGGAAAUUUGGAAGUUCUCCACUUACCUGGCUCUAGGAUAUGUGGCAAGGUGUCUGGAGAACUUCCUGUGUGACCAGUCUUUCUGGCUGGACCCCGUGCUGCUCAGUGAUGUGGAGAUCUGUGUGACUGUGGAUGAGGAACACCUGGCCACCCUUUAUCUGGGGCUCCUGCUGCAAGAGGGUUCAUUCUUUGCCAAAGCUCUGCUUAACAGUGAGUGUACAGAAGAGGAAGAAGAAUUAACCUACAGGAAGAAUGACCUGGUUAUGGUCAAGGAUAUUGGACAGGAGGGCACGUGGGAGGGAACACUGCUGUCCACCGGUCAGCAUGGCCUAGUGCCUGUCCACAGCAUGCAGCCUCUGCCCUACCCUUUCUACCAGUGGUUUCUUAGGAAGUACCCCGGCAACGCUGGAGGGAUUUCAUCUGAAAAAGGUCUAUUUGACCAGCCCAUGGUAACAGGCAUCUGUGUGGCAGUGGUGGACCAUUACCCAAUGGUUAAAGAUGAACUGCACUUCAGUCAAGGAGAUUUGAUAGAGGUGGAUGGCUUGUUCAUCAGCUCCUUGAACAUGUUCAUAGGAAGACACCUCUCAAGUGGACACAUAGGAUUUGUCUACAAGGCCCAUGUGAGACCUGAGAAUGUAAAACCACUCAGCAGACAAUCGGUCUUUCUAAGUGAAGAGGAGAGAGUGGCUCUCUCGCAGUUUAACCCCUGCCAUGAACAGUGCCACACUGGCCUAUUGGACAAACUCUUCUCCACUGACAUCAGCACUGUGUACAGAUUAGAUAGACUGGAUGACUCAGAUUUCACCUACAUCAGAAACCAACCCAAGCAAGAACACAAAAAUCCAGUGGAUGCAAGGAAAAGCACUAUAUCAGAGAAGAGUGAAACCCCACCCUACCAUUCCUCGCCUCGGCCUUCCUUCUAUGCUUCUCAGAGUCACCUGGAGAGGGAGCAUGAGGCCUUCUCCUUCAGUCUGGAGGACACCUUCCGAGAGAUGGAUGAAUAUGAAGAAGAUCCACCCAACUACAUUGACGACAGCAUCUGGGAAACUGAAGAGGCUGAGUUUGUUGACCCCAUAUUGACCCUCCUGAAUCUGGACCACUUUCAGGACACUUUCCACCCACUUUAUGACAUCUCCUACUCCUUCCUGGACACGGUGUUUGGUGGUCUUCUGGAGGACGAGGUGCUCCUGCAUCUGGAGAACUUGCGAGAGGGGGCAAAGAAAGGCAGGAUGCUGUGGGCCCACCGGCGAGCCUGUUUCCUUCUUGGCAGGCUGUGUGCCAAAAAGCUCAAGUACUCGCAGGCUCGAGUCUACUUUGAGGAGGCCUUGAAGGUCCCUGUGGAUGGCUUUGAUGACAAACUUUUGCUGAUCGCCUUGUACACCAAUCUCACUGCUGUUUACCUUAAGCAAAAGAUGACAGACAAGCUUCCUUAUACAUUGGAGAAAGCUAGUGCUCUUAUACUGUGCCUUCCCUGCCACAACUUCUGCUCUCUGGAUGAGUUUGAAUUGCUCAAACCCAUUCUUCGCAAAGCUAUCGUUGACAAUGACAAGCACCUUGAGGCACGGACUUGCUAUCUCAUCCUUUGUCUCUUUCUACAGCAAAGAAAGAUUGAAGAGGCCUUACCUUUUGUAGAGAGACUCCAGUUCCUGACUAUCACUCUCUCUGCAGAGGAAGACAGGCCUAUAGGGCCAGUGGACCUUAACUGGAUACUCUGCAGGCUCUACCACAAGAAGUAUCUGCCUUAUCUUGCUUUAGCCUCUCUCAGUUUGGACUCAGGUCAGGACCAUUCCUUGGAAGAUGCUUUCCAGAAGAUAGAACUAUUCAUCAAGAACUCAGUCCGGUUGAAUCCUCGGUGGAGGGAUGGUACCAGUCUGCUUCCAGCCCAAGUGGUAGUUUACUUGCAGCAAGCCUUGUCCAUAGCCAGCCGUGGAGACAACCUGAAGACACAGAGAGACCUGUGCCUCUGUUUGGCCAGUGUCUAUCAACAGUAUGGAGCCUUAGAUAAGGCAGUGCCCUUUGCACAACAGGCUGUGCAGACAGGGAGCCACAUUAACGAGGAGGAGAGCUUUGAGGCAUCAGUGCUUCUGGCCUGGCUCCUGGUUCUGACAGGGGAACCAGAAACAGCCCAGUCUACUCUACAACCCCUCCUUAAGUCUUUGAAUGAAACAGACAGUCCAACACAACGCGGUGUGGUCUAUAACCUACUGGCUCUUUGCCUCCACAAACAGUGCAGGGUUACAGAAGCAGCCAAAAACUUUUAUUGUGCUCUCAAGAUCUCACAGGAGAAUGGGAACAAGCGUAACGAAGCACUAGCUCUCACUAACCUGGGCUGCCUUGCUUUGUCAGUAGGAGCUCCGUGCCUGGCAGAGAGUUUCUUGCUCAGAUCCCUGCAUCUUUUUCAGUUUCUCUCUGAGAGUCCCACUGAUGAAGAGCAUGUUCAGGCUCUGCUGUGGCUAGGCAGGAGCUACAAAGAUAGGGGAGGAAGUCAAGAGGUCAGGAUGUGCUAUGAGAUGGGACUUCUGAUUGCCAUCAGUGCCAAGAACCUGCACAGCCAAAUGGUUGUGGCGAAGGUGCUCAGUCGUCUUUAUGCUGAUUUGCUACUGUAUGGACAGUGUAUCAUUUACUAUGAGCACUGUGUGGGGCUGUCCAGAGAGCUGAAGGAUAAACGUCUGGAGGGAGAGUACCUAGAGAUUCUUAGCAGUCUAUACCUCUCACUCAAUACUGAGAAGUCCUCUAGGAAGUCUCUGGACUACACUAAGCAAAGCUUGAGGAUUUCCAUAGACCUAGGGAAAAGACAGGAGGAGUCAGAAACAUGGCUGCAAGUGGGCCGCAUCUACUACCUGAUCCAUGAGGACGAGCUGGCAGACAUGUACCUUCAGGCAGCAGUAAAAACAGCCUUGAGAAUGAAUGAUCCGCGCUUCGCCAUGAGCAUUUAUGAAGAGGCUGGAGAUGUUUUCUUCAAAGGACACAGAAAUCGACUGGCUGCCCUUCCAUUUUUUAGAGAUGGGAGUCUGCCAUUUGCAAGGAGCAUUAAGGAUGUGCACUCAGAGUUUAGGCUGUUGAGUAAACUCUCUGAACUGCUGCUGAAAGAAAACCAGUAUGAAGAGGCUCUGCAAUAUGCUACACUUGCAGUUCAGAGUAGCACCAACACUGGUGUACGUCUGAAUGAAAGGGUAGCCUACCAUCGCCUGGCAUCAGUCUACUUCUGUCUGGAGCAGUAUGAGAUGGCAGAGAACUACUACUUGAAAGCUUUGUCUCUGUCUCCCACUGUUCUGGAGAAUACUGCUGAGGCCCACUAUUAUGUUAAAGUUUACUGCAGACUUGCUGAGCUAACACUGCACAAGCUUAAGGAUGCAUUUGAUGCAGUGGGCUAUUUCCACUUGGCCCUGGCAGCAGCUCUGGAGGACAGUGGAAACCCUCAAGCCCUGUAUAUCAUUUACAUGAAGCUGGCAGAGAUCCAUGCCAACCACCUGCCUGAUGCAGAGCUGAGCCAGAGAUACAUGGACAGCGCGCAAAGCCUAAAGAGGGAGCUGGCUGGACACACAGAUUCUAGUGAAGCAGAGCAUGAAAAUAUGGACCAUGGUAAUCCUGAAUGUGCUGAUGCUAAGUCUAUCAGUUAUUCCAAUGCAGACUCAGGGAGUGUGGACUCCAGCAGUGGUAGCAGUACUCUCAUAGGCUCUACCACCACAGACACUAGCCAUACAAUCACUGCCCAGAGAGUGGCCGACCACAACGAGGCUGCUCUUGCUGACUGCAGCCACAAAGAGGAUACGGACACUUGCUCAGAAGAAACUGACUCUGGGCCUGCACACCUUACAGAUGCAGAAACAAGCUACUUUAAUCAAACAAACCACACAGAUGCUAGCACGCUGAAUACAAAGUUUUGACUGAAGUGAGUUGAUCAAAGGUUAGUGAUGUCUCAGAAUACCUUUCUCCCCCAAAGAGCACUUCUUUAUGACAAUGAAAUAUUUAAAUAUCUUAAUAUUUUUAAGUAUUGUUUAGUGAUAUAUUUGAUUUCUCCUCUGAAUUUAGGAGGAAAUAUUUUCUAUUGUUUGAAUACUCUGAUUUUUUUCAGGGCAAUGGCAUUUGUAGCAUAAUAUAUGAUAUGUAAAUAUACCAGUGAAUUUUGCAUCUGUAUUAUAAUUUAGACGUUAGAUUGAUGAUUUUUUUCUUUUUUCUACUUUUCAAUGGAGAACAAACAAGACUUAUUAAAGUCAUCAAGAAUUAAAA